AUGAUAACAUGGAAAGACCUGUACACGGUGCUCACGGCAGUCGUGCCUCUGUACGUGGCCAUGAUCCUCGCCUACGGUUCCGUGCGCUGGUGGAAGAUCUUCUCGCCGGACCAGUGCUCCGGCAUAAACCGCUUCGUCGCGAUCUUCGCCGUGCCCCUCCUCUCCUUCCACUUCAUCUCCACCAACAACCCCUACGCCAUGAACUUCCGCUUCAUCGCCGCCGACACCCUUCAGAAAAUCAUCAUGCUCUUUGCCCUAGCGCUCUGGACCAACCUCACCAAAACCGGUUCGCUCGAGUGGAUGAUCACCAUCUUCUCCCUCUCCACGCUCCCCAACACGCUCGUCAUGGGCAUCCCCCUCCUCAUCGCCAUGUACGGUGACUACUCCGGCUCCCUCAUGGUUCAGGUCGUCGUCCUUCAGUGCAUCAUCUGGUACACCCUUCUCCUCUUCCUCUUCGAAUACCGCGCCGCCAAAAUCCUCAUCAUGGAACAGUUCCCCGAAACCGCCGCCUCCAUCGUCUCCUUCAAGGUCGACUCCGACGUCGUUUCGCUCGACGGGAGGGACUUUCUCGAAACAGACGCGGAGGUCGGCGACGACGGCGAGCUCCACGUCACCGUGAGGAAAUCCAACGCCUCGCGACGGUCCUUUAUGAUGACGCCGCGGCCCUCCAACCUCACCGGCGCGGAAAUUUACAGCCUCAGCUCCUCGCAUAAUCCCACGCCACGUGGCUCCAACUUCAACCACGCCGAUUUCUUCUCCAUGAUGGGGUACCAGCCGCGCCACUCCAAUUUUACCUCCAAUGAUUUGUUCUCUUCCCGUGGACCCACGCCGCGACCUUCCAAUUUCGAAGAAACCUCUAUGCCUCAGCCGGUCACGGUCGCUUCUCCCCGCUUCGGGUUCUACCCGACCCAGACCGUGCCCGCUUCGUACCCGCCGCCGAACCCGGAGUUCUCCUCCGCUCCUACUAAACCUACCGUUACCAAGAACCAGCAGACUCCUACAAAGGGUGCCCACGAUGCGAAAGAGCUCCACAUGUUUGUGUGGAGCUCCAGCGCGUCGCCGGUGUCGGAAAACGCCGCGCUUAACGUGUUCGGGGGCACCGACCUCGGAACCUCCGAACAACCUGACCAGGGUGCCAAGGAGAUUAGGAUGUUGGUGGCUGAUAAUGCGCACAUACAAAAUGGGGAAGUAAACAACAAAGGUGGUUUGGAGGCGGGACUUGGAGCGGAAGAGUUCAAGUUUCCGGUGAACGGCGGAGAACAGGUGGAGGAAGAGAAAGAGAAAGAGGGGUUGAAUGGGGUGGACAAGUUGGGGUCGAGCUCCACGGCGGAGCUCCAGCAGAAAGUUGGCGGAGGAGGGGAAUCAUCGGGCGGCGGAAAGCACAUGCCUCCGGCGAGUGUGAUGACUCGUCUGAUACUAAUCAUGGUGUGGAGGAAGCUUAUCCGCAACCCGAACACGUACUCCAGCCUCAUUGGUGUGGUAUGGUCCCUGGUUGCCUUCAGGUGGCACGUGCACAUGCCCAAAAUAAUAGAGAAAUCAAUUUCCAUACUGUCUGACGCUGGUCUUGGAAUGGCUAUGUUCAGCUUAGGUCUGUUUAUGGCACUUCAACCAAAGAUAAUAGCAUGUGGGAACUCUGUGGCUACAUUUGCAAUGGCUGUUAGAUUCCUCACUGGUCCUGCUGUUAUGGCUGCAGCUUCCAUCGCAGUUGGUCUCCGUGGCACUCUCUUACACGUAGCUAUUGUUCAGGCUGCACUUCCUCAAGGGAUUGUUCCAUUUGUGUUUGCUAAGGAGUACAAUGUUCAUCCAGCCAUUCUUAGCACAGCGGUUAUAUUUGGGAUGUUGAUAGCCCUGCCUAUCACUCUGGUCUACUACAUUCUCCUUGGUUUAUAA